CUUUUGUCAAAACCGCGUUCAUCCACAACCGCAGCCGCCAUCGAAACCACUAAACGCGUUCAAGCACCACCUCAUUCACCACUGAAACCAGAAAAACAGUUCCUCCACCGCCACAGUCACCACUGAAACCAGAAACACCACCAGAGUCAUGGCUUCGCCAACCUCUCCCUCCAAUCCAACAACUAGUGAAGAUGCUCCCACUGAUGGGACCUCCCGCAUUCCUAAUUCAGACCUUGGUGAUGGCCCCAAAUUGAGGUAUUCCCCAACCGAAUUGGCACGUCUGAGGGAGCAAUGGAAGUAUAGCCUCAUCGCCAAGGUCCUUGGCAAAAAGCUCCAGCUGCAAUACUAUCGUGAUCAUCUUCUUCGCCUUUGGUCCGCUGAGGGAAGUCUGAAAAUCAUUGAACUUGGGUGUGAGUUUUUCGUGCUAAAAUUUUCGGAAUUUCUGGAUUAUGAGAAGGUACGUAAAGGGGUUCCAUGGUUGAUCCAUGGGUACUAUAUUGCUAUUCGUCCCUGGUCUGAGAAUUUCAAGCCUUCAGAGGCCACCAUCACCCACACAUGGGUCUGGGCUCGCCUCCCAGAACUCCCAAUAGAAUAUUACGACAAGGAGGUGCUGUUUGAAAUCGGAGAAGCUAUUGGCAGACCAAUCAAGAUUGAUCCCAUCACUGAAAGACAGGAAAAAGGCAGAUUUGCGAGAAUAUGCAUUGAAGUAGAUCUAAGGCGCCCGCUUAUUGCCCAUGUAGAUCUUGCUGGGCUCCAGCAGAAGAUUGAAUACGAGGGUCAUGUUGGGCAACUGCAGCAGCUUCCUUUACCACAAUCUUCACAGGCUCCAAGUCACAGAGCCAACAGUGGAUCAAAGUCAGGUUUAAGGGCCAGGGGCCUUGAACAAGUAAAUCCUCUUUUUCCAGCAACAGUACUCAAAGAACCAAGAGGGAAAUCUGCAAUUACUUCUGUGAGUAUAACCUCUCCUUGUGUUGAGAUGAAUUUAGAAUCCAACAAGUUGUUGGGGAAAAAACGGCAUCUCCAACCUGGCGAAGGUACAUCCUCAUAUGUCCGAGCUGAGGAUGUGCCACUUGCUGUGGGGAAGUUGCCAAGCCCCAUGGAGACUCCUACCGGUCAUUUGCCUCCAUCUUUAGAGCCUAAGAUGUCAUCUAAAUUGUCUGGUAAGUCGGCCAAAUUGCCACAAGAUUCCUUGCAGCAACCACAGAAUCACCAGGCUUAUCCCCUGCUUCCUUCCCCAACAGAAUCCUGUUCCAACAUUGUAGCUUCACCUGUCACCAACAAUCCAAGACCAACAAAAGGCCUUGUGGUUUCUCCACCGCAGAAAGGCUCUUGCUUCCCCACUUCCUCCACCUCCAAAGCUUCACUCAAUUUGGACCAUAUUGUAACUUCAUCUGUCACCAACAAUCCAAGACCAACACAAGGCCUUGUGGUUUCUCCACCGCAGAAAGCCUCUUGCUUCCCCACUUCUUCCACCUCCAAAGCUUCACCCAAUUUGAACUGUAUUGUAGCUUCACCUGUCAGCAACACUCAAAGACCAACAGAAGGCCUAGUGGUUUUUCCAGAGCAGAAAGCCUCUUGCUUCCCCACUUCCUCCACCUCCAAAGCUUCUUCCAAUUUGGAUCAUAUUGUAACUUCAUCUGUCACCAAUAAUCCAAGACCAACACAAGGCCUUGUGGCUUCUCCACUACAGAAAGCCUCUUGCUUCCCCACUUCUUUCCCUGCCGCCAUUAAUGCAUCAAAACAGACUGCCUCUCCUCAACCUUCUCCUAUGCCCAACUUCAAUUUCCAUUCCCUGGAAAUAAAAGACUUUUCAGAUCCAGAAGAUGCAGAAAGGAAAAGAGGAGAAGAAAUGGAGCUGAGCUCUGAGAACCAUCCAAACGACUUCAGCAUUCAAAGAACUCCACGGGUCUUCAGAACUGAACCAAACACUCCCAACUUUGGAAUCCGUGUCAAUUUCUCAAGAACUGCACAUCAGCACAAGAUAAGAUUCAUCCAGCCAGAAACCAGUAGCACUAUGCAUCACACUUGGGCGACCAUCCCUGCAUCUUAUCCAAAAAAAGUCCUAGUUUGGAACCAUGCUGAAGCAGGCAACCUCAAUUUCGUGCCAGCAAUGAAGGAACUAAUCCAAAUGCACAAACCCUCCAUCAUACUUCUUCUUGAGCCAAGGAUUUUCGGUGCUGAUGCAAAUCAGGUCAUCAAGGACAUUGGCUUCUCUGGGUCACACCUCUUGGUCCCUGAUGGUUUGGCUCAUGGAAUUUGGAUUCUGUGGAAAGGAGAGGAUGUCCAUGUUGAAGUUUCUUCAUCUACAUCAGCUCAGGUUCACAUAGCAGUUGAAGUAAUCGCCAAGGCCCAGAAUAGGAUGCUCUAUGGAGAUACAUGUGCUCAACCUUGGGGGUCAGCAGGCUAUUUUUAUAAUCCAAAUGAGCCGCGUUACUCAUCAUCCCCGGAAAGCGAAUUCUCCCUUUCUGAGAACGAGGUACGACACAGAAUCCCCGCCCCAUUACUAGAUUUUCUAUUUGAGAGACAAAAGAUGGGUGCAACCAUGUAGCUUCUGCUCCCCCAGAGUGAUAGCUCAAAAAAUAGCCCUAUCAUGGAUGUUAGAUGGUGAAAGCCCGUCGAAAAGCAUACUUGUGCUUUGAGAGAGAAGUUUGAUGUUAAGGACGUCCCUCUAUUUUUGAUUUAGAGGGGAAAGUGUUGUAUGUGAACUGUUUUCACGUAGUGCAGAUUGCUUUGAUUUUGUGGUUUCCCUUCACAGAAGGGUUUCCACGUGAAA